UAAUGUAUUUUUGUUGGAGUAGACGGUCAUUCUCUGUAUGGAUGUUUGCUGCUGCAGUGGUUUCGCUCACCGCAGGUUCUUCAGGACCUGACCCGGACCGGGGCGCAGAGCAGACGGGAUCAUCCUCCUGCUUUGGUGGCUUUGAUUUGUACUUUGUUCUCGACAAGUCUGGUAGUGUGCAGAAUCACUGGACGGAAAUAUACUACUUUGUUGAACACCUUGCCUAUAAAUUCAUCAGCCCACAGUUACGAAUGUCAUUUAUUGUCUUCUCCAGAGAGGGAAGGAUUUUAAUGAGCCUGACUGAAGACAGGGAGCGCAUUCGUAAAGGACUGGAGGAGCUGCAGGGGGUGCUUCCAGGAGGAGACACAUUCAUGCAUGAGGGGAUUCUCAGGGCUAGUGAGCAGAUAUACUAUGGGAACACCGAAGGUUAUCGCACUGCUAGUGUCAUCAUUGCACUGACAGAUGGAGAGCUGCACGAGGAUUUGUUUUACUAUGCUGAGAGGGAGGCCAAUCGCUCCCGAAGCCUGGGUGCCAGUGUUUACUGCGUGGGGGUGAAGGACUUUGAUGAAACGCAGCUGGCAAAGAUUGCAGACAGUAAAGACCAUGUCUUCCCUGUGAAUGACGGCUUUGCAGCUUUACAAGGAGUCAUCGAUUCAAUCUUGAAAAAGUCCUGCAUUGAGAUCUUGGCAGCAGAGCCGUCCAGUAUCUGUGCAGGAGAGUCUUUUCAGGUGGUGGUGCGGGGAAAUGGUUUUCUACAGACUCAUAAUGUGGAGAAGGUCCUAUGCAGCUUCCGCAUCAAUGACACUGUGACAAAGACAGUGAAGCCUCUUGUGGUGGAAGAUACAUAUCUGCUCUGUCCUGCACCAGUACUCCAGGAUGAAGGAAUGGUUGCAAAUCUCUAUGUCAGCUUGAACGAGGGCCUCAGUUUUAUCUUAAGCCCAGUUACCAUCACUACUGUAGGCUGUUCUGAUGGGACUAUCCUGGCCAUAGCACUCCUCAUUUUGAUGAUACUGCUGAUCCUGGCUCUGCUCUGGUGGUUCUGGCCCCUGUGCUGCACUGUGAUCAUACAUGAGCCCCCUCCACCGCCUGCAGAGGAGAGCUCGGAUGAUGAAGACUUUGAAGGGCCUAAGAAAAAAUGGCCAACUGUUGAUGCCUCUUAUUAUGGAGGAAGAGGAGUUGGAGGAAUUAAAAGGAUGGAGGUGCGCUGGGGAGAGAAAGGCUCUACUGAAGAAGGAGCUAAACUGGAAAAAGCCAAAAAUGCCAAAGUAAAGAUGCCUGAUGAAUAUGCGUCUGCUUCUCCAACACGAGUCCUUAACAAUGGCAUGCACAGACCCCUCAGACCUCAGAAGUGGUACUCACCUAUACAGACUAAGCUAGAUGCAUUGUGGGUACUUCUGAAAAAAGGCUACGACCGUGUGUCAAUAAUGAGGCCUCACCCAGGUGACAAGGGGAAAUGCAUAAACUUCACCCGAACCAAAUCCCCACCAUCACGUCACCCAAGCUACAACCACCCAUGCCCCAUCUACAGUCCUCCAAGCAUCAGCCCACCUGCUCCACUGGGGACUCUUCCUCCAGCACCCAUGGGACCUCCACCCUACACUGCAGCACCCAGCCACACUCUUCCUCUGACGGCCUUACUCAUACCUGCACCACCUUUAACUUCAUCUCCUCCUGCCUCACCCACCUCCUCACUCUCUCCUCCUCCGUCAGGGCCACCCCCAGGACGAGCUCCACCCCCCUCCCGCCCUCCACCACGCCCUGGACUGUAGAAACUAUUACAACAGCACAGCCAGUACUGAUUGUAGCAAUAAUGAUGUGAGCUGUUACUGCAGGGGCUGAACAGCCCGGACUUUUCUGCAGUG